CCUAUUUACUUACUUAUAGCAAACAAUGGUGUGUGCUAACUGGAGGCUGCAACUAAAAUACAGACAAACAUUGAAGCCAACUUCCAGUACAGUCGAUCACUUUACCAAACGGAAUGCUGUAUAACCGAUCAGGCUCCUUGGAUAUAUACUAGCAUGAUUCAAUGCAUGGACAGAUCUGCAAGAUUCGUUUAACAGUUUUUGAGGCUCAUUACUUCUUUUAAUGAUCUCGGUGUGAGUUCCGAACGUCGAGAUGAUGGCCGUUUGGAUCACCAUUCUCUUCUUAACGGGGAUGAUUUCGACGUCGUCUUCGUGGCCGGACUUCGAUCUCCCCGAUGACCUCCCAGACCGGAUCCCCGAUCGCCUUCCCGACUUCACGCUUCCACCAGACCUGUUCAAGAACAUCAGUAUCUCGGUCGCUUGUGACGCCGCCCUGGCCCGCAUGUUCAGUGACAAGCGAUCCUAUGAAGCUACAUUAGCAUUGGAUGCUUGCGGCAAGCCUGAGCCUGGGUUCUUGGUGGGCAACCUAGCUUGGCUGGGUCACUGGCCCGAAUGUAAGAGUCUCGAAGACUUCCAUUUCUGCACCACCGUUCUCAGACUAAACAUGUCAACUGGGAUCAUACCACCCUUGAUGAAAUGGGGCCUCUGUCUACCCAGUGAAUGCGGAGAGACGGAUGUUGCUAAUUCUAUGACUGAAAUCAUUAAUCGAUUAGAGUAUGAUGAAUUGAACACUCUGAAUCCGGAAGUAAGAAAAGUCCAAUGUGCGACAUUUCCAGCGCGUCCAUAUGAUGCUGGAUUCUACUGCACGGUGAUCCUGUGUUGCGUGACUGCCUUGCUGAUGAUAACUGGAGCUCUGUUCGAGGUCCAUCUAGACAGACAGAAGAAGAAGAAAGAAGAUACCCUCGAAGAUUCCGAAGCCCUAUUAUUGCUGCGUCACGACAGCAAACAAAACGGCUACGGGGCGUCUAAAAUACCGGGGAAGCAACAAAAGGAAGAUCGCGAGGGAUGUUGCGCGCGAUUCCUCCUCUGCUUCUCCUUUACCCGUAACCUGAAGCAGAUCCUCAAGACAGAUACCAAAGGUGGCAACAUGCUGUGCUUGAAUGGCAUCCGGGUUAUAAGCAUGACCUGGGUCAUCUUAGGUCACACCCUCAUGCUCGUUUACCAAGUCUUCGGAGCGACUUGGGACGGUAUAUUUGGACUAGAUUUUCUAAAGUCAUUUCCCGCGCAGGCAAUCUUGAAUGCUUUUCCAUCUGUCGAUUCAUUCUUUGUUCUCAGCGGCUUGUUGUUGACGUACAUCACCCUGGGUCGUAUGUCACGAUCUGAUGGUCGAAUACCGUGGGCAAUGUUCUACUUCCAUCGGUACUGGAGAUUACUACCCGGUCUUGGGGCCGCCAUGUUGUUCGCCCUCUACCUCCGUCCGUACAUGGGAGAGGGACCCCUGUGGGCAAACAGCGCCCACUACACCUUCAACUGUGACAAAUACUGGUGGACCAACCUACUCUACAUCAACAAUUUCUAUCCGAAAAGCGUACCAGAAGGGUGUAUUUACUGGGUGUGGUAUUUGGCUAAUGACAUGCAAUUCUACAUCAUCAGUCCCAUCUUUCUCGUAUCAUUGUUCAGGAAACCUGUAGUUGGAAUGAUCAUCAUCGCGGGUCUGUGUAUAGCGAGUUUCGCAACAACUAUUGGACUAAUGGUCGUCAACGACUUCAAAGUCGCUCUCAUGGGUUUUGGAAUGAGUGAUCACAAUGGAAAAGAUAUAAUCUCCACGGUCUACGACAAACCGUAUUGCCGUAUAACACCAUACUUGGUGGGCAUCGUCCUAGGAUACGCAUUUCACUCAUGGAGAGGGAAAAGAAUUCGAAUCAAUAAGAUUGCGGUAGUUGUUGGAUGGGCGAGUGCUUUAACUACGGGCUUGGCAGUGGUGUACGGUCUGUACGGCGAGUUUAAUGGUAGUCCUCUUAGUACAGCUGAGAAUGCUAUCUACAUGGCGUUCUCUCACUUCGCUUGGGCUAUCGCGUUAUCAUGGGUCAUCUUUGCAUGUCACUAUGGUUACGGAGGAUGGAUUAAUGAUUUCCUAUCUUGGAAGGCUUGGAUACCCCUCUGCAGAUUAACGUACGGUGCCUACCUCUUCCAUCCGCUGAUCAUGCAUAUCUUCGUCGGCAACACGGCUCACGCCUAUUCCCUCAAUGCAGUCUACAUAGCGUACUACUUCACAUCAGGUUGCGUGUUCAGCUAUCUAGUCUCGCUACUCGUCUCCCUGGGUUUCGAGUUACCUCUGGCCAAUUUGGAAGGCUUCAUCAUGUAGAUACCUCUAAGAAAAAUACAUCUUAAGAAAGUAUUUUGCUAUAACGCUUCAGUCAACCUGACAAGAACGGUACCAGACUGACAGUCUGAUCCUUGAAUUGGCAAGUCAUAGGUCAGUUAAAGGUAAAGACCAGUAUUGAAAACGCCCCAAUUUCAAAAAAUGAAAUGGAAGCUCUUAUUACCAAUCAUGUGAAAGAAUAUGUUUGACU